AUGGGCCACCUCAUCACCGUCGCGACGUGUUCCCUGAACCAAUGGGCAUUGGAUUGGGAAGGAAACACGGAACGCAUUAUCAGAAGCAUCCACCAAGCAAAGGCGGCUGGCGCGCGUCUCCGUGUAGGCCCGGAACUGGAAAUAUGCGGUUAUGGCUGCCUCGACCAUCUGCUCGAGCAAGAUCUGUACCUCCAUUGCUGGGAGAUGCUUCAACGCAUCCUCCUUGACAAGAGCUGUCACGGCUGCGUCCUUGACAUUGGCAUGCCUGUUCAGCACAGAAACCAACGGUUCAACUGCCGAGUUCUUUGCCUGGACGGCAAGAUCCUAAUGAUUCGUCCCAAGAUGUGGCUCGCUAACGACGGCAACUACCGUGAAAUGCGCCACUUCACGCCCUGGCUGCAGCCGCGAGAGACGGAGGAAUACCAUCUGCCUCGUAUGAUCCAGGAACUACAGGGGGCGACCCAUGUCACUUUCGGAGACGCUGUGGUGUCGACACCGGAUACCUGUUUUGGCGCCGAGACCUGCGAGGAGCUCUUCACGCCACGCUCACCUCACAUUGAUAUGUCUCUGGACGGAGUUGAGGUCUUCACCAACAGUUCCGGAAGCCACUUCACGCUCCAAAAAUUGGAUCUUCGCCUGCAGCUCAUCACUGAGGCCACACGAAAAUGUGGCGGCGUUUACCUUUAUGCCAACCAGAAAGGCUGUGACGGCGACAGAUUGUUCUACGAUGGUAGCUGCAUGAUUCUGGUGAAUGGAGACGUGGUUGCCCAGGGAUCGCAGUUUGGUCUUCUUGACGUCGAGGUGGUCACGGCGACGGUGGACCUGGAAGAAAUCCGCGCUUACCGCUCCUCCAUCAGCAGAGGACUCCAGGCCGCAACCUCCAAAGCCAAGUAUCAGCGCAUACAGGUUCCUUUUGAGCUUGGCUCUGAGGACGAAGACCUGGAUGCCAGCCUGCAACCGUCGCGGCCGAUCCAGCCACGAUUUCAUUCCGUGGAAGAGGAGAUUGCGCUUUGUGCUGGCGCAUACCUUUGGGAUUACCUCCGAAGAUCUGGCACUGCCGGAUACUUGGUCCCGUUGAGCGGCGGAAUUGAUUCAUCAAUUGUCUUUUCUAUGUGCCGCAUGGCCGUUGAAGCCAUUGAACAAGGCAAUGCUCAAGUAAUCGAAGACGUCAAACGUCUAGCCAAGUACAAAGGCGACGAUGUCCUUCCCAAAACCCCACAAGAGCUUUGCAACCAGAUUUUCCACACCAUUUACAUGGGCAUGAAGAAGCAGAGCUCUCACGAGACACGCCAGCGUGCCAAGGAUCUUGCCGAAGCCAUUGGCAGUUACCACAUCAACCUGGAUAUUGACGACGUGUACCAAGCCCAGAAGAGCCUGCUGGUUAGCACUAUGCAGUUUGAGCCCAAGUUUGCUGUCGAGGGCGGAACGCAGCAAGAGAAUUUGACCCUACAGUGCCUGCAGGCAAGAAUCCGCAUGGUGACAGCCUAUGAGUUUGGGCAAAUUCUGCCGACGGCGCGAGCCCGACCUGAUGGCGGAAGUCUCUUGGUAUUGGGAAGUGCCAAUGUUGGAGAGUCUCUCCGUGGAUACCUCACCAAAUACGAUUGCUCCAGCGCAGACAUUAACCCGAUAGGCAGUAUUGACAAGGCUGAUCUCAAAAGGUUUAUCGCAUGGGCAGAAAAGGAAUUCAAAAUUCCUUGUCUCCACGAAUUCUUGACUGCUGUCCCAACGGCCGAAUUGGAACCGAUCACCGAGUCGUAUGUUCAAAGCGACGAGGCAGAUAUGGGAUUCACUUAUCCUGAAUUGACGAUACUGGGACGUCUACGCAAAGUCAACCGGCUGGGUCCGUUCGGCAUGUUCCAACGGCUUGUCCAUGACUGGAGCGCAGAUAGAGAAGUCGUGCCCGGCGAUGAAGCUCCAUUUUAUACGCCCGAUAAAGUGGCUCAUAAAGUGAAAACGUUCUUCCACUUUUAUGCCAUUAAUCGCCAUAAAAUGACAACCUUGACGUAUUGCAAUGACUACUCCCCAGACGACAACAGAUUUGACCUCCGUCCGUUCUUGUACCCCUCCUUCUGGAAGUCCUGGAGCUUCAAGAAGAUUGACAAGGAACUGGCCAAGAUCGAGAAGCGGAAAGAAAAGCAGAAUGCAUAG